AUGGCUCUAACCCUCCUCCGAGGGAUGAGGACGCCAGUCUCGUCCAGCUCAAACCCCGGCCUCUUCUUCACUGUUCUACGGCCUCGGUUGUCCCGCUUCACGGCUAGGGCGGAGAGUGCACAGGCCACCGAGCCCAAAGCGGCGCCCAGCAGGUCAAUUCAGCUGGCGACCAAGGAGGCGGCUGAGCAGAAGACACAGGGCUUCGAAGCCGUCAUCGGGAUUGAGACCCAUGUCCAGCUCUCGACCGUCACCAAGGCGUUCUGCUCCUGCCCGUACAACUACGGUGCCCAACCCAACAGCACCGUCUGCCCCACCUGCAUGGGCCACCCGGGGACGCUGCCGCUGGGUCUCGCCCUCAACUGCGAGAUCUCGAUGACGUCCAAGUUUGAUCGCAAGCAGUAUUUCUACCCGGACCUCCCCAAGGGGUACCAGAUUUCGCAGUUUGACAUCCCCAUUGCCAAGAAGGGUUAUGUCGAUUUGGACCUUCCGGUGGAGUUUGGUGGUGGGCAUAGGAAGUUUGGGAUCACAAGGGUUCACAUGGAAGAAGAUGCAGGCAAGCUGCUUCAUUCUGAAUCCAGCAGUUACUCUCAGGUUGACCUAAACAGGGCUGGUGUACCUUUGCUUGAAAUUGUCUCAGAGCCAGACAUGAGAACAGGGAUAGAGGCUGCUGAGUAUGGUGCUGAGCUGCAAAGGAUCGUUAGGUACCUGGGAGUGAGUAAUGGUAACAUGCAAGAAGGUUCCCUUCGUUGUGAUGUGAAUGUUUCUGUUCGACCAGUUGGGCAAUCAGAAUUUGGUACAAAGGUGGAAAUAAAGAAUAUGAACUCAUUUUCUGCGAUAAAUAGGGCAAUCGAUUAUGAGAUUUCCCGGCAGAUUCUGCUCCAUAAAGAAGGCCAGGCUGAUCAAAUUGUACAAGAAACCCGUCUGUGGGAUGAAUCUUCUCAGAAAACUUUUACAAUGCGAAAAAAGGAGGGACUUGCUGACUACAGAUAUUUUCCAGAACCUGAUCUUCCUGAAGUAGUUCUCACUAGUGACUAUAUUAAUGAAAUCAGCAAGUCAAUGCCAGAGCUUCCAGAAGCAAAGCGUAGGCGUUAUGAGAAUAUGGGACUCAGUAUGCAAGAUGUUCUGUUCCUUGCUAAUGAUGAUACUAUUGGUCAUUUCUUUGAUUCUACUCUUGAGCAUGGUGCUGACGCAAAGCUGGCUGCCAACUGGAUCAUGGGUGACAUUGCUGCUUAUCUCAAAGAUGAAAAAGUCUCCAUUGAUGAAAUUAAAUUAACACCUCUAGAGCUUUCUGAACUGAUAGCAUCCAUUAAGAAUGGAACUAUAAGUGGGAAGAUCGGCAAGGAGAUACUGGCCGAGCUCAUUGCCAAAGGUGGAACAGUUAAGGGUGUGAUAGAAGAGAAAGAUUUGGUUCAGAUAGCAGAUCCAGCAGCAAUCGAGGUAAUGGUAGAUAAAGUAAUUGCUGAUAAUCCAAAGCAACUUGAGCAGUACCGUGCUGGAAAAACUAAGCUACAAGGAUUUUUUGCUGGCCAGGUGAUGAAAGCAUCGAAGGGCAAGGCCAACCCAGUUCUGUUGAAUAAAAUCCUUGGAGAGAAACUGAAUGCCAAUUAG